AAGGUAUUGACUAUGGAGUAGAGAGCCGAGUUAAUGAAAAAGUUAAUGAUCUUAUUUCUUCGAACACGUAUCAAGGUGAAUCUCUGUGAUCAAAACCCUAAUUUCUCAGCCAAUACACAAGUACACUGGGAGGGGAAAUGGGGGAUGUGGCUGAUAAACUAGCGUAUUUUAAAGCGAUCACCGGGGUUGAAGACUCCGACUUGUGUACGGAGAUCCUCGCCGCGCAUGGAUGGGAUCUCGAACUAGCCGUGUCCGCUUUUUUAUCUGACAGCAAUCUCUCUGAAGCUGCAGCCGCUACGAGCUCUCAAUUGCCUACCGCGUCCACCGCGGAAGCGUACCAAGACCGCCCGGAAGCUGGACUGGUCGUGGCCGGCGAUGGCGGGCCUCCUGGACUGGCUUGGAAACUCAUCACGCUUCCGUUUUCUAUCAUUUCUGGUAGUCUGGGUUUGAUUUCGGGUGCAAUUGGGCUGGGGAUGUGGGCUGCCAGUGGCGUUCUUUCGUAUUCUUUGGGCAUGGUCGGCCUCAAUUCUGGCCGCAACCGUCAAUCAUCCACCCCCUUGAUUCCGGGAUCACCUUCAUCAUCGGAAGCCAUGGCUUUUGUAGACUCGUUCGAAGCUGAUUUUGGAAGCACAAGACCCAACUUCGUUUCCGAGGGUUUUAUGGACGCUUUGCAGAGGUCCAGGCAUGCUUAUAAGCUCCUGUUUGUUUACUUGCAUUCCCCUGAUCAUCCAGACACUCCUGUUUUCUGUGAGAGAACACUGUGUAAUGAGGCCUUGGUUGAGUUUAUCAAUGAGAAUUUUGUGGCCUGGGGUGGUAGCAUCAGAGCAAGUGAGGGAUUCAAAAUGAGUAACAGUUUGAAGGCGUCAAGGUAUCCUUUCUGUGCUGUGGUUAUGGCUGCAACAAACCAGAGGAUAGCCCUGCUUCAGCAGGUUGAGGGGCCAAGAUCUGCUGAGGAGUUGCUCACAGUACUACAAAGAGUGGUAGAAGAAAGUGCUCAUGUACUCGUUUCAGCUAGGCUUGAAGCAGAAGAAAGAAGAAAUAAUAUACGUCUCAGGGAGGAGCAGGAUGCCGCCUAUCGCGCUGCACUCGAAGCUGAUCAGGCUAGGGAGCGUCAGAGAAAGGAAGAGGAGGAGCAGUUAGCAAGAGAAGCUGCUGAAGCUGAGAGAAAAAGGAAAGAGGAAGAAGAAGCCCGUGAAAGGGCAGCACGUGAAGCUGCCGAGAGAGAAGUUGCCUUGGCUAAGUUGCGGGAGGAGAAAGCUCUCUCCCUCGGCCCCGAACCUGACAAGGGUCCUGAUGUUACCCAAGUUGUGGUGCGUUUUCCUAGUGGGGAGAGGGAGGGAAGGAGGUUUCACUGCACAGCAACCAUACAAUCUCUGUAUGAUUAUGUUGAUUCAUUGGGUCGUGUAGAGUUUGAGAGUUACAGGCUCGUUUCCAACUUCCCCCGCACGGUUUAUGGGUCCGACAAGGUAGAGAUGUCCCUUACAGAGGCGGGGUUGCAUCCUCAGGCCAGCCUAUUCAUUGAAUCAAAAUCAUGAUGCCUUGGCACAUGCUUGGAGAUGGCCCCGUUGGAUCAAAUAUUGUAACGGGAGAGGAAAUGCUUAGUUGAAUUGGCAUGUGGCAGUUUCAGUGCCGUUGCUUCUAACGCUCCUUGAUGUAUUUCGGCUUUUAUAGAGAAAAAAAAUCAUAUUAUUAUGUCUUGUAAACAGGUCAACAAAUAAGUUAACUUCCAAUAUGGGUUGGUUUAAUAUUUUCUGCCAAGUAUUUUGGAACUUUGCAAACUGUGCUUUCAUAUUGAUUUUCCUGCAAUGCAAGUAUCCAAUAUAUAUUUGAGGCGUGGAAGUUGGAACCGUACACAAACAAAAGAAGUUUCGGUAUGAUUAAUGCUUUUUCUCCCAAUAUUUUCG